CGGAUCCACGGUCACGCGUGCGCUCCCGAACGUCGCGUCGGCACCGGCUAGCAGCCCCUCCUAGGGACACACAACACCGGGCGGGAGUCGGAGGGGCACAAGUGUGGAUUUAAAGUGCAGCGGAGUAGCGGAGCCACCCCAAGUCUCUACAUUGCGCGCGUGGGGUCCCGGGGGAUCGCGCAGUCUGAGGAGCGGCUGAGUGUGCGGCUAAGAGCACUUGACGGUGUAAUAAUAUUCCGGGGGGCGGGAUCUCAGCCCCUGAAUAAGUAAAGUAGCUCGACUUGUGCAGACGGGAAAGGCGCGUUUGCUUUGCGCUGCGCUGCAGCCGUGUGUCGAUGCCUCUCCGCUCCGCCGUUGCUCGUCCUUCCCCGGGAUUUCAGGGUAUUUCGUCUCCUUCGAUGAGGGUCGGCGAUCUCGCGUGGUGACUUACAAAGAACGGGGAAAGAAAAGGAGAACUGCUCGGAGCCCAUGGAGGAAGACGUUAUGGACAAACUGGAUGACAUGGCCUCUGUCAGCGACUUUGACCCCAUCACGGGCAACAUCCCGGCCACUAAAGUGGAAAUCACGGUGUCUUGCAGAAAUCUUCUCGAUAAGGACACCUUCUCCAAAUCAGACCCUCUCUGUGUGCUUUACAUUCAGGGCAUCGAGUCCAAGCAGUGGAGGGAGUUUGGGCGGACAGAGGUGAUUGACAACACGCUGAACCCCGACUUUGUCCGCAAGUACAUCCUUGACUACUUCUUUGAAGAGAAACAGAAUCUGCGCUUUGAUCUGUAUGAUGUGGAUUCAAAGAGCCCUGAUCUGUCCAAACACGACUUCCUGGGUCAGACUUACUGCACGCUGGGCGAGAUUGUGGGCUCUCCGGGGAGUCGGCUGGAGAAGCCUCUGAGUGGCAUCCCAGGGAAAAAAUGUGGCACCAUCAUUCUGUCAGCAGAGGAGCUAGGCAAUUGCAGGGACAGUGCCACCAUGCAGUUCUGUGCCAACAAGUUGGACAAGAAGGACUUUUUUGGAAAAUCCGACCCCUUUAUGGUCUUUUACAGGAGCAACGAAGAUGGGACGUUUACAAUUUGCCAUAAGACAGAAGUUGUGAAGAACACACUGAAUCCUGUGUGGCAGUCCUUCUCCAUCCCAGUGAGAGCCCUGUGUAAUGGAGACUAUGACAGGACCAUCAAAGUGGAGGUUUAUGACUGGGAUCGAGAUGGCAGCCAUGACUUCAUUGGAGAAUUCACCACCAGCUAUCGAGAACUGGCCAGAGGGCAAAGCCAGUUUAACGUGUAUGAGGUGGUGAAUCCAAAGAAGAAAAUGAAAAAGAAGAAAUAUGUCAACUCUGGAACGGUCACGCUGCUCUCGUUUACUGUGGAGUCGGAGUACACGUUCCUGGACUACAUCAAAGGCGGCACCCAGAUAAAUUUCACAGUAGCCAUUGACUUCACUGCGUCCAAUGGCAACCCAUCUCAGUCCACAUCACUACACUACAUGAACCCGUACCAGAUGAAUGCGUAUGCCAUGGCUCUGAAGGCGGUUGGAGAGAUCAUUCAGGAUUAUGACAGUGACAAGAUGUUCCCAGCGCUGGGGUUUGGUGCCAAGCUCCCUCCUGAUGGAAGAGUUUCCCACGAGUUCCCUUUGAAUGGCAAUAUUGAAAACCCGUACUGUAAUGGCAUAGAAGGCAUACUAGAAGCAUACCACCAGAGUCUGAAGACAGUCCAGCUUUAUGGGCCAACAAAUUUUGCACCAGUUGUCAACCACGUGGCAAGAUAUGCAGCUGCUGUGCAAGAUGGCUCCCAGUACUUCGUCCUGCUAAUUAUCACAGAUGGUGUCAUAUCAGAUAUGGCUCAAACAAAAGAAGCCAUCGUUAACGUGAGUAGAGUCAUUUUGUUGCUAUGUCCUCUUUUCUUCUCUCCACAGUUCGUUCCUUUCAGGGAUUACAUCGACCGAACCGGCAACCAUGUCCUCAGCAUGGCCAGGCUUGCCAAGGACGUUCUGGCUGAAAUCCCGGACCAGUUUAUCUCCUACAUGAAAUCACGAGGGAUCAAACCCAAUCCGGCCCCACCUCCUUACACACCCAUGGGCCACACGGUCCACACGGUGCACACGCAGAUUUGAAUCUACAGGCAAGACACAGCAAGAAAACAAGCAGCAAGGCCUUUUGGGGGGUCUUACGCCUUGGGAGGGGUGGGGGGUGUGAGCAUCCGUCAGUUAGAAACUGUGUGCGGGUGACAUGGGGUCCGCAGAUGUGCUGUGAGGGAUUUUACUGAUUUCUUGAUUUAUCUUUAACCAGUGGCGUGCCAGGCUGGUAAGAGCGGUCUCCGCUCCGCGGAUCCAACCUGCCCGUGUCCGUCCCUAUGUGUGUCGCUGAGUGAGUAGUGGCAGUCUGUAGAUGCGAUUGUGUCUUUUACUCAAUGAAGUUUACACACUUCAAAUGUAGAGUUUGAAAUCGUUACAUGAAACUAAGGCGGCAUAUAUUUUUGGGGAUUUUUUUUGAUUGAUAUGUUCAAUCCUGGCCUCUCCUUCUAAACACGGGAGGACCGCCACAUGAAAUUGAUGUGACGUUGAGUCAGUUUUGAAGCCAGUCCGAGGUCCAUAAUGCAUAUUAACUGGAUAAUACAGACCAUCUCAUCUGCUAAGCAGGACAGAGAAGGGAGUUCAGUAAUGUCAAGCUGAACAGAGCGAUUAACUGUCAUCGUCAAAUUGUCCCCUAUUCAAGAGAAAGGUGUGUUGACAAGAGUUCAGGAAUAUGCUGUUGUGAUCUGAAGGAAAGACAUCUGACUCUGGGUAUCACAGUGGCUUAGUGGGUAGCCUCGCCAUCUUAUAGAACUGGAAGCCUAAUUCUAUAAUAAUAAUAAUAAUAAUAAUUCCUUACAUUUAUAUAGCGCCUUUCUCACUAUUCAAAGUGUUUCAUUGAGUUGGGAGCCACUUCAUCUACCACUAAUGUGUAAUCCCCCUGGACAGCAGCCAUUUUUGUGCCAGUACACUCACCAUACAUUAGCUAUUAGGUGGUGAAGGGGUGAGAGAGAGAUAGCCAGUUAGAGACAGGGGAUGAUUAGGAGGGCACAAUGACCAGGCCAUGGUGGGCAAUUCAGCCAGGACAUGAGAUGUGUACCACUCUUUAGGAAGGAUGCCCAGGGAUCAUUGAUGGCCACAGAGAGUCAGGACCUCGGUAUUACAUCUCAACUGAAAGAUGGCACCA